CGAUUUUAUAAAUGCGUGUUUUCUUUUCCGUCUCUAGCGUCUAGCGUGUUCGCACUUCGAAGUAGUACCGCAGUACAAACUUGUUGUUUUAAGUGUAUUUUCUUGUUAUUAAUUAGCGACCAUGGUUAAGAUUGACGUAAAGACGCCCAACAAGCGUAAAAGCCUGGCAAAUAACACCCCUGCCAAGAAAGUAAAAGUGGAAAAUGGCAAUGGCACACCCGCCAUCAAUAAAACAGAACAUCAAUCCCCCAAGGUUAAACAUAUGACACCCAAAAAAGAAGGCCAAUCUCCAAAGGGCACUCCAAAGGUUUUCAACAAAAACAAAAAACAGGCACCAUCAGGUGAAGAACCUUCCAAAAAGAAAAUUCAGCCAUUUGCCGGAACUAAACCACAAAAACCAUCCAACAAAAAUGCACAGGAACCCAAAAAGAAAAGGAAGAACCAAUACAGUAAUUUAAUCGAAGCAGCCAAAGCCAAAGAAGGAACUAAAGACGCUGAAACACUGAAACAAUUGAACGAGAAAAUUGCGCUCAUUAUGGCAAGAGGAGAACUCACCAAAACAGCCAAAAGAAAGUUGGCGGUACUUAACAAACUGAAAGUAAUUUGCGAAGAAGGUCAAGAAGCAGCAGCUGCCAAAUCCCGGGCAAAAGUAGAAGCUGAAAAGGCUUUACAAGGCAAAAAGACUGACAAGAAAGUAGCUGUACCUGCAUCUCCAGCAGCGGCUAAACCAAAACCGAAAGCAGCAGCAGCAGCUAAAAAAGUUGCCAAGAAACAACCAGUUGUAGAAGAAGAUGAUGACGACGAUGAUGAGGAAGAUGAUGAUGAUAACGAUGAAGUAGAACAAGAUGAUGAUGAUGACGAUGAGGAAGAUGAUGAUCAGGAAGAUGACGAAGAUGAUGAUGAGGAGGAUGAAGAUGAUGAUGAUGACGAAGAAGAUGAUUCAGAAGAAGAAGCACCAGCACCUCCUCCAAAGGAAAAACCUCCAUCAGCAAAGCAACCUAAGCCUGAUCAGAGCAAUCAUCCUAAACAAAAACAACCGAGUUUAGAUCAACUAAAAACUACUGAUAUCGUUAAAAGGGAUCAAAAACGUUUUGUUCUGUUCGUUGGCAAUAUUCCUUUUGACACCACUAAACAAGAAAUUGCUGAGCAUUUCAGUAAAGUGGGAGACAUAGUAGAUAUCCGAAUUCCUAGCGAAAAAGGCAGCAAUAGACCCAGAGGAUUUGCUUAUAUUGAAGUAAAUAAUGAGACAGCAUAUGAAAGAUGCCUUUCAAUGCAUCAUUCGCAAAUGAAGGGACGCAGAUUGAACGUUUUGUACACACAAGGUGGUAAGAAAAAAGGAGAUGACAAGAAAAAAGAAAUAAAAGCUAAAAAUAUGAAGUUACAUGCUUUACGUAAUCAAGGAAAAUUGGCAGGCAGUGUCAAAUUUUCUCAGAAGAGGUCGUUUAGAAGGAAUAAAGCUAAAAAUUCUCAACAACAAGGAGAUGGAGAAAAUUGAGUUUGUUUUUUCAACAAAUAAUUUUAAGGUGUUUUUAUAGUCUAAGCUUGAUUUAUAUGACUUAUUUGGGAAGAAGUACCUAUUAAUUUAUGAUAGAGCAUAACUAAAGAAGGAUUAUAGAGAUUCCAACCAACUGAAUUUUUGGAUAAUCUCCAGUAAAUAUGAUAAAUUCC